AUGGAUAAUAUAUUAGAUAAUAUCAAGAGUAUAAUAGAGUGUGUAGGUUUGGUUGGGGGUGAGAAUGUGACAAUGCCUUUGAAUGUGUAUUGUUCUUUGGUAAAGUGUGCGCUUCAAAAUUCUACUCUUGGAUUCACUACUUCCCUUUUAAGGCGUGAUGUAACUUUAAACUCUAACACAUCUUUCAAUACUGAGAUUAAGAACACAAUUGAUUCCUUAUUACGAAUAUCAAAUGCAGAGACUGAGAACUUAACAAAGAUGCCAAUGCCACCAGAGGUUAAAAAAGGUCACUUGGAAGGUGAACUCAAAGACUCACUUGACAAAGUCAAGUCAGAACUGCUUCAACAUUACUCACUUUAUUAUAAUCUUGAAGAAUAUGAUAUUCCAACACGGAUUAACCUAUUAUCGCAACAUACAAUUGAGGAUACAGAAAAUGAUUAUAAGAAAUAUUUGAAAAAGGAAUAUAAGUUGAGUGACGGAGUAAUGGAGAUGGUAGAGAAUUUAAAGAAUAACUUUGAGAAUAUUAAUGAGCGUAUUAAAUUAUUAGAAAAUGAACUCGAAAUUGAAAUUUCAGAUCCAAAUACAAGAGAAUUCCAAUAUAACAAUUCAUACGUAUUUUACAGAAAACUAUUUGGUUAUCUAAGAGUGGAAUGGGAUGAAUUGGAGAACAUGAAAGAGCAUGUUAGAAAUUUGUAUGGUAAUUUACAUAAUCAGGCUAAAAUAAACCAGAAGAAAAUAGAUGUAUUACAAAAGAAAUUACAAACGUUGAAGGCGCACACUAGAUUAGUUAAUCAGAGAGAUCCGAACGAUAAAAGAAAUGCUAAUUAA